ACGUGGAUACAGCAGGUAAGUAGGAUGCAUACAACUACUACUGGAAAAGGAGAUUUCUUUGUGUGAGAUGACUGACAGUUUGGGUUGGACGCCCUUACAUUAUGCUGUAAAGUUUGGUGAUGAUGAAAUUGUCCGAAAGAUCCUUGAGAAAAAGAGAUCAGCAGCGUACAUUCGUGCAGGCAAAGAAGAUGAUUGGACAACAAUAUUCCACAUAGCAACCAAGCAUGGAAACAUUAAAAUGAUGAAAUGCAUAUUAUAUAGCUUACCAGAUUGUUGGACGAUGGUUAACUGCAAAUCUCAAAAUGUCUUUCACGAGGUAAUACUGAGUGGUAGAAGAAAUAUAGUAAAUUAUAUACUGGAGUAUCCCCAAAUCGACAACCUUGCUGAUCAGAAAGACGAAGAUGGCAACACGCCGCAGCACUUAAUUGCCAUGUCUAGUAGUUGGACCAUUUAUAAUUAUAACUACUUCUCAGCCAGGCUUAAGCGGAAGCAUUUGGUCUUCAAUAAACAGCAUCAAACCCCACUUGAUGUGCGCCACGUGGCCUCCCAAAGCAAAGUCUAUUCAGCUUUGAAGCAUGUCUCUGGCGGAAUACCUCAGCGGAGUGGUAAGAGAAGUGGACCUCGUGCUGACCUCUUACAAAAUCAGGAAGAUACUGAUAAGAAUAUAGACAAGGAAAAUAAUCGUUAUCUACGAAUAAGUAAAACAAUGACCAUUGUGGCUACAUUGAUAUUAACCAUAAGCUUUGGAGCUGGUAUUACAAUCCCUGGAGGCUAUAUCGAAAACAAAGGGUACCCAAUACUGUUAGGAAAUACAGCUUUUGGCAAUUUUGUUAGGGCAGAUACUGUUGCUUUCGUAACUUCUGUUUUGGCGAUAUUCAUUUACAUGAUCAUGGUGGUAUUAACCUUGUGGGCUUCUAUUAGGGACGACUCAAUUGUCAGGACGCUUUGCGGAUUCAACAUCGCCAUGACUUUUGUUGCCAUAAUAGCAGUCGUAGCUGCAUUCCUCGGUGCGUUGUACGCCAUUUUACCACAUUUUAAUUCUCUAAUCGUUUGGAUCGCAUUCUUCAGCGGCCAUCUUUUCGCUUUUCUUGUUGCUAUGUAUCUCGUUAUGAAAAAAGAUGAAGUCUUCCCCUCUUCACCUUUAUUUCUAAUAUUUGACAUCCUCUGUCUCAUUUUAGUAGAUUAUUUCUUAAGCUCAUCUGUAACUAAAAUGCACAUUAGUUACCAUUAUUAG